AUGCUGCAGACCGUCGUUCCAAUGAGCAAGAAGCUUCCGUGCCGUCUGACAGCAACUGACACUGGCUGUGACGACGCGAAAGGAGACAUGGACAACCACGCCGCCACCCCUGGCCAGAACGGCACCCCAGUCACCAGUGGCUCGCACAACGUCAACCUCCACGUCGGCAACCACCUCCACUCGGCCGCGGCGGCUGCGGGCACCGGCAUGCAGCAGGGCGGCAACGGCUACGACGAAGCCGCGCACCACCAGGCCUUCGAGGAGGCGUUCCACUACAUCGUCGACGAACUCAAGCCCAUCAAGACCACGAUGAUCAAGCAGAUGAAGGACGAGCGCAAGACUCUCAUCGCCGCGCCGAUGCUCUUCUGCCCCGAGCAGCUUUACGAGAGCCACCGCCGCCGCUUCCGCCUAGACGACCAGGGCAACAUCUCCGCCGCGCUCUCGACCGCCUACGAAAUCUACAAGGCCAACAUGGAGGAGUACAACCUCGGUGUCGGCAUUCUUGGUGGUGGUAUGGCCACCUACGAGGACUUCCAAGGCUGUUGCAUUGACCGCUUUGACGACUACGUCAACCACUACCUCAUGAAGAUCGUCUACCCCGCGGCUUAG